GAGAGCGGGGAGACACAUUCUGGCGGGGGGGGGGACUUACCAUCACAGCGGGACGGGUCCUGGGAACCCUGUUGCCCCGAGAGGGAUACAGCGGGUGAAGAAAAUGAAUGGAUGGAAUUUCAGGAGCAGAACAGUUGGACCAAUCCACCGUAUUGGAUGUGUUUACCAUCCGUGGAUUGAGUCACUGGAAACAUUACAUGCCCAAAGUUUGAGUCCCUGAUUGGUUGACGCGAUGCAGCAGUCUCACCAAAGUUCAAAUAUUUGAGUUCCUCUGGUGCUGGACCGCUGCGCCGCUCGCUUAUAUCAUGCUGCAGUACCUCAUUUCACGUUUGUACCAUUGACUUUUGUGUAAGGUGUGAAUGCAGCCUUAGAUAUAGCCUAUAUAGAAAGAUUGAUCAUUUUAGUAGUUGGAAAUUUAAAUCAAUGUAAACUGCUUUUGUAUGACAGUACUACAUUUUAUUUUUUCAUGGGUUUUCAUAAGAAUUGUGACAGAAUAUUUUCCUAUUCAUUCAACUCAACUGUGCAAUAUAGGAAAUUCACAUGGGCCGACUGACCCAGAGCUCUGAUGUGCAAUCUAGUACUCAACACUAGUACUACCACAUUGUCCCAUAAGCAAUGUUCUUCCCUCAAACACAGACUUGAGUAAUAAUAAACAGACAUCGUGAAAGAAUCUGUGUCACUGCUGGGGUCUAAAAACUGCUUCAGAGAAGAGGAAGGCGUCUGUCGUGCAGAGCUCUGGCAGGUUUUGUAAACUCCUUCUCUCGUUUUGAGCUUAAUUUGAAGAUGGAGGAAGAACUUCAUUAUGCCUCAGUGAUUUUCAGAAACAAAAAUCCUCCUCAGAAAGAAACCAGAGUCACUACGUUUUAUUCGGAGUUGAAAUGUGGCCAAAAAAAGUCUGAAGAAGCUUCACAGACUCCAGCAGGAAGUGAAGUGGAACCCCAAACCGCCCAACGUUCCCCCUCCUGUGUGCUGUGGUUGAGUUUGGGGAUCUUCUCGGUGCUCCUGAUCGCGAGCGUCGUCACCAUCAUCCUCAUCAUUCUGCGGAUGAACAAGAGCCAGGCAGAUCUGAUGGAUCUCUCAGCUUUAAACGAUCAGCUUCUCCUGCAGAUCAAACUCCUGAGGAACCAAACAGAAGAACUGAGCUCAGAGAGAGAUGAACUCAACCGAACGCUGGGCGUCAUCAUGAGAUUUGAAAGCUUCCCUGUGGAAGGCUUUUGUCCUGAGAAAAAGUGUCAGCCAUGCCAGAGAGGCUGGAUUCACUUCCAGCAAAAGUGCUACAUGUUUUAUCAGGAGGAUUAUGGGUGGAAAAACUGGGCAGAUAGCCGAAAGUUUUGUCAAAAAGUGGGUUCAGAUCUGGUUGUUGUGGAUAACCUGCAGGAACAGGAGUUUAUAAGGAAAAACUGCAAGUUUUACUUUGAUGAAUAUCACGGAUACUGGUUGGGUCUUCAUAAAAAUGGCAACAGCUGGCAGUGGAUCGAUGGACGGAAUGACACUGACACUCUCGGCUCCUGGGCACCAGGUUUCCAGGAUCCUUCUCUUCGGCACGCUCUGAUGAUCCCUGAUGACGGAGGACGCUGGAGGCCAGCGAGAGCUCAGUUUUUGAACAGAUUUAUCUGUGAAGGGGAGGUCCUGAUCAAGUCCAGCUAGUUCACUCGGGUUUGAGUUUAUCAUGUGAGUCAAUUCUGUCUUUGUCACAUUUUUUUUGUUCAUUUUUUGGGAAUUCAAUGUAACCUUUUUGGGUUUUUUUUCUGUAUUUUUGUAUUGUGAAAAGGCAAUUCUAAUGUAUUGUAGAAAUGUUUUAAUUAAACUUCUUGUUUGUAACAUGUUUGUGUCUAUUUCAAAUUCUGUGAAGAUUUUUUUAUUUGGUUUGAUGUUUUCUUUGUCAUGGUUUGUACUUUUGUCUUCAGCUAAAUACGUUUUUUACAUAAAUUUGGUAUUACAAGAAUAAUAAAUUCUUUAAAAAUAAACAGAUCUGCGUUUUGUAACCACCUCUUCCUCCAGAGAUUUAGAGAAGCUAAUGAAGAUAGAGGAAAGACAACCAAACUACAUAUAACUAAC